AAAGACUACUUUGGUAAUUUGCAUGUUGCAAGUGUUUAUGCUGGGAGUAGUUCUGUUCAGCUUAAAGGUCCUGAGAUCAAAGCGGAGUUGGUAUAUUUUCUGAGGCUGUUGACUCUUUGCAUGCUUUUCUCGAAGAAGCCUUUCCCAGUGUUUUUAGAAUCUGGGGGGUAUUCUCAAGAGGAUGUUCUCCUUCAAGAGCCUAAAGCAGGGCUUUUGAAGCCUGCUUUCACAAUUUUGUGUGAUAGAAGUUCAAGAGUUUUCCUCUUAUUGAUUCGGGGGACUCAUAGUAUUAAAGACACACUUACAGCGGUAACUGGGGCUGUAGUCCCAUUUCAUCAUUCAGUUAUACAUGAAGGUGGUAUUAGUAAUUUAGUUUUAGGGUAUGCACAUUGUGGGAUGGUUGCUGCAGCUCGGUGGAUUGCAAAACUCAGUACCCCAAGCCUUUUAAAGGCACUUGAUGAACAUCCAGAUUACAAAAUUAAGGUUGUUGGGCAUUCAUUGGGUGGAGGUACUGCUGCACUCCUGACAUAUAUUCUUCGCGAACGAAAGGAGUUCUCUUCGAGCACCUGCGUUACAUUUGCUCCUGCUGCUUGUAUGACAUGGGAUUUAGCAGAAUCGGGCAAACACUUCAUUACUACUAUUGUCAAUGGCUCUGACCUGGUUCCCACUUUUUCAACUGCUUCCAUCGAUGAUCUUCGUUCAGAGGUCACAGCAUCAUCUUGGUUAAAUGACCUGCGAGAUCAAGUUGAGCAGACGAGAAUCUUGAAUGUUGUUUAUCGUUCAGCUUCUGCUCUUGGAUCUCGUCUACCGUCUAUAGCUACAGCAAAGGCAAGGGUUGCUGGUGCAGGUGCUCUUCUGCGACCAGUUUCCAGCAGUACUCAGCUUGUAAUGAAGAGGGCUCAGAAUGUUGCUCAGGCAGUUGUCAGGACCCGUUCAUCUUUCUCAGCAUGGUCUUGCAUGGGUGCCCGUCGCCGUAGUGUGGGUCCAUUUUCAAAUGUUAAUGAUGAAGACGACAGGCCUGAUCAAGCCUCUCAAGGGACCAUGUUGGUGGGAGACUCAGAGGUAGAUGAACUAGGUUAUGGCUGCUGGAGAGGUGUUCCAGGGGACAGUGAUACAGAGGAAGAAGAGGAACUAAUCCCGGUUGAUCACGUCAGUACGUCAGCGGCUGAAGACAUGACAGCAGGUGAACUGUGGUAUGAGCUAGAGAAAGAGCUUCAGAGGCAAGGGGGUGAUGAUGAAGCAAAUGUUCAAGAAGUUCGGGAAGAAGAAGAAGCUGCUGCCAAAGAAAUCACUGAAGAGGAAAAUACUCUGCUAGUCGAUGUAGGAGUAGUAGAAAAUAAAACAUCUGGAGCCUCAUCCUUUGAUGCUUCUUCAGAGGUCCAGCCAUUUUACCCUCCUGGCAGUAUAAUGCAUAUAGUCACUGUACCAGUUGAGACAAGAAACUCCACCUCGUCUUCCUCUUCUUCUUCUGAUGACGAUGAUGAUGAUAAUAACCCAAUCACCGCCAAUAUUGAAGAACGUGUGGGCAUUUACGAAACACCUCGAGAACUGUAUAGCAAGCUUCGACUUUCAAGAACUAUGAUUAAUGAUCAUUUUAUGCCCAUGUAUAGGAAAAUGAUGGAACAGUUGAUUAGUGAACUAGAAAAGGAUGAAGAUUGCUGUACACAUACAAUGUGAAAAGAAAGAAAAAAAAGAAACAUAGUUACUAAUUUACAAGUAUAAUAAUAGAUAUAUAAAUAUUAUCAUGUA